GAGACGCACCCGAGACCUGGGACCGCUUCCUCUCACCUCCUGGCAUCCAGAAUGGCACGACUUCAAUGGCUGCUGCUCGGCCUGGUGGCAUUCACCUGCUGCUGCAGCCUCCUGCAGGUGGCCGGCUACUACCAGGUGACAGAUUGCUGCCUGCGGACCAGCUGGCGUCCCAUCCCUUACAAAAUUCUCCGCAGUUACCGAGAACAGCACAUCCAAGAGGGCUGCCUGGUCCGGGCUGUGGUUUUCAUCACCGUGAAAGGGAGGCAGCUCUGUGCGCCCCCCCACCUUCCGUGGGUGAAGCAGCUGAAAGAGCGGCUGGACCGCCAUCUGAAGAGAUCCUAAACUGCCUGGAGGAGAGACCUCAGAUGACCCCCGUUCCGUACCAUGUCCCUGUUCCUCCGCCAGUUUGCCCUCGCGGGAGAACAGGAGCUGGACUGCUGCUGCUGCUGCUGCUGCUGCUGCUGCUGGAAACAUGGGAGUUCUUUCCUCUGCUGUCUGUCUGCAGCCUUCAGAUGUACGUCUGCUCGGCUGGGCAAGGCUCACCGGCUGCGAAAGCCACCCUGAGCGCUGUAUUUUUAGCAGAAAUGUAUGAUACAUAUUUCCUUAAUA